AGAGUCUUCACCAAGAGUGCGGCUCCGGCGAAUGGUAGGACGCGCUUUUCCCAAACUUUCACAGAGAGGGGAGAAGAGGGGUCAAUGUUUAUCCAUGAACCCCCCUUUUUUCCCUUCGCAUCAUAUUUCCCUCGAGAACUUAGCAUCACCGAAAAGAUAGAUGCUUUCUUGGCCUCUCUGUUGUUCCGGCCUUGCACAGAAAACAAACUUUUUAAAGGAUUCUAGAUUUCAGAGGGAAUAUGAGAAAGCACACAAGGGCUAUUUGCAUAAGGAAAGGAAUGUCUUCGUGGAAUACUUUCUACAGAUGGCUUGGUUCACGUUACACAUGAGGAAAACAACCAUGCAGUCAACUCGUUUGCUUGGGAUUGAAAAUAGCUCAAACGUCUGGUAUUCAGCGUCUGAAUCACUCGCACACGGGUGGGGUUCAUUCAUGGAUGGGCGAGGUACGGAGAUUGAUGUAAUGAAGAUAAUAGUCCUUCGAAAGGUAGCUUUGAGGACAAGCAUUAUAGCAGGCCUGUUGCUUCAUGGAGGUGUGGAGUGGAAAGAGAGAGAAAGAGUCCCUCCCCCCAAAUACGGCUAUGAUGGCAGAUGAUUCAUUGUGACAUGCUGCAUGUCGUCUGUGUCAGCACGAAAUUUUCUUCUCCAGCGAAGAUCUAAUUGUAAGGUAUUAUUUAAGAUAACCAAUUAUCUUAUAGUUUGGCCUUUUUUAUACCUCUGCUUUCUUCAACUUCCACCCUAACUCAAAUUAAGCAGUAUAAAUAAGUAUCA